GUUAUGUCAUUUCAAGGCUAUCGACUACUCCUGGGCCUCCUGGUCUUUGUUGGCUUAUUGAUUGAUAAUAGCAUUUCUGUUACACCAAGCCAUCACACUGCUUCACUCAACCGGAGCAGUUUUCCCGCCGGUUUCAUUUUCGGAACGGCAUCGGCGGCUUACCAGUAUGAAGGUGCAGCAAAUGAAGGUGGCAAAGGAAAAAGUAUGUGGGAUACUUACACCCAUAGAUAUCCAGGUAGGAUAGCGGAUGGCAGUAAUGGAGAUGUGGCUAUUGAUCAAUAUCAUCGCUACAAGGUAUAUACAGUUAGUACACAUAAUUAA